UUAGUUUAUAAUGUGUAAAUAUAUUUUUGUUGUUAUUGUUUUUAUAUUGGCCUUAAUAGUUGGAAUUAUAAACAACUUAACAUUUAGAAUCUAAGUAAUUAUUAUAAUAUCAUACACAGUAGACAAAAUAAAUAUUAAUUUGACUGUGCAAUGAAUAAUACUGUUGAAAGAUUAUUUGAGACUAAUUUAUCAAAUACAAUUAAUAAUAUGAAUGAUGAAACUAGAACAAACCAGAAGAGAAGUAUUAUUGAAAAUAGCAUUAUUAUAGAAGAUGACUAUGGUUAUAUAAAAGAUGGAAAUGGACAAAAUGUCAAAGUAACUAAAUAUACAUUAUUAAAUGAACAAAAAGCAUUUAUCGAAAUAAUUAAUUAUGGUGCUACAGUUAUUUCGUGUUGGGUGCCUAAUGCACUAGGUGAAUUAGAGGAUGUUUUACUUGGUUUUGAUACAAUUGAAGACUAUAGAUUACGGAAUGAACACUACAUUGGAUGUACGUUAGGCAGAGUAACAGAUUAUAUAAGUAAUGGUAAUUUUAUUAAUGAUCAUGGUAGCAUUAAUGAACUAAGUAAAAAUCAUGGAAUACAUCAUUUCAAUGGCGGUGAAAAGGGGUUCGAUAAGGUCUUGUGGGAUGGUUAUGUAGCAGGCAAUGAACUUGUGUUAACAUAUUCAAGUAUAGAUGGUGAAGAAGGCUAUCCUGGAACAUUACAAGCACGGAUUAUUUUUCAUUUUACUUGUAAAAAUGAAUUAGUUGUUGACUAUACUUGUAUGACAUCAAAAUCGACUCCAGUCAAUAUUUCAACAAACAUGUUUUUCAAUUUGGCUGGACAUAACACUGGAGAGUCUGAAAUCUUGAACCAUUCAAUAAUGGUUAAUGCUGAUGAGUAUGUGCCAGUAAAAUUGCCAGACCGAAUACCUCUUGGUUUUCUUAAAAAUGUCCACCAUACAUGUCUUGACUUACGUGUGCCAAGAUUAUUGAAAAAAGCUUUUACUUUAGUCCCAGAUUACGGAUACAAUCACACAUUUAAGUUAUUCAAAGGCAAAGAACGAAAAGCAUUUAACUUAGCAACUAGUUUAGUGCAUUUACCUAGCGGACGUAUAUUGGAUAUUUAUACAGAUAUGCCAUGUAUCUUUGUAAAUACAGCUCAAAAUUUUCCUAUCUACGGCAAAAUGUUUUUUGACGAAGAAGUUUUAAAGAUAACUAAUAUAUCAACACCAAAUGCAAAAUUCGGUAUUAAUGGAAAUGAACAAACGAGUUGCGUGUUGGAUGAGUAUAAAUCCACAAGCGAUUUAGAAAUGCUUCCAGAAGAUGAACAAGAUGAAGAGUGUGUGAUAGAAACAACUUCAUUGCAAAGUAAAUUCAAUAUCCAUGAUGAGCCAAUUUUAGGGAAAUCGAACACCGUGUAUACCAAACAUUCGGGAAUUUGUAUUCGUCCACAACUUUUUCCAGAUGCUGUUACAUAUAAAAACUUCAAAAAUAGUAUCAUUCUAAAACCAUCAAAUUUGUACAGUCAACGAGUCAUUUAUAAAUUUGGCGUUGUUACAAUUUAAAUAAAAAUCAAUUAUAUUAGUAAAAUCUUACAUAAUAGUUCAUUCUCCAGAAUGACCACACAUUGUUUCAGUGAUUAUGUAUAUUUUUUAGGGUUUUUAAGCCCCAGAUCAAAAUGUA